AUGGCGCAAGAGCAGCCGCAGCCAUCUCGGCCUCGCCGAAACGAAUUCAUCCACAACGCCUCCGUCGCCGGCGCCGUCCUGUCACCUCUCGUCAUGCUGCUCCCCCCGCGGAGGAUGGACGUUCGCUUCUUCGUCCUCGCCGGCACCUUUUCCCUCUGCACGAACCAGCUCGCCUACGAAUACACGGGCCGAUCCAUGUACGCGCGCGUCAGCGGCCGACUCGGCUCCGUCCUCGACCCCGGCCUUCCCGAGGGCGCCAAGCGGACGCAGCAGCUGCUGAGGGAGCAGCGGGAGCUCGACGCGGCGGAGAAGCGCAAGCGUGCCGGCCCCGAGGAGAAGCCUGCGGGGUUGAUCAAGGACAUCUGGAUGGGCGGCGAAGGCGAGGACUGGUCCAAGAAGCGUGCCGAGGAGCACCGAAAGAGCUUCGACGAGGGCAAGGGCAUGAGCGACAUCAUUCUGGAGCAGAUUGCCGACGUCUGGAGCGGCAACUGGAAGGGCGACGCGAAGAAGAAUGGCGACGACGACCGAUCGAGCGACGCCGCGGGCGAGGCCAAGAAAUGA